UCUGAGUACCGAGGGUGUGGAGAACUACUGGUUUCUUACAGGACCGGAUCGCUAGCCGGUUCCCUAGGUUGUCCGAUUGCCAGCCAGCCCCCUUGGAUGGUGCGAGCUAAGGAGAUGGAGCGAGACCUCCGGCAGGCGAUGGUGCCGGCAGCACUAGCAGCAUACACACGACGAUGAAUUGGCAACCGAAAGAGGGGGCUUGAGAGCUGUCUGGGAAUGGGCCAAGAAAGGAAGUGGUACUGUAGAAGAGACAAGGAAUAGGGGAAAGAAGUCCCGGGGCCAAGGAGCAGGGCACGAGACAGCUAGCCGAGCCAAAGUAAAGUCUAAGCAAGCAAUGCAGGAGUGGCUUGGAAGGACGAAGACGGCAAUAACAACAACGAAUCUGUUCGACGGCAAGAAAGAGCUGACAGAGGAGAACGAGCUAUGUGUGAUCUGUUUCAGGCUGAUGUUGCUGCUGCUGCUCUCGCCCGAAGUGCGGCCCUCUAGGUCUGAUUGUGGGGUUGAAGUCAGCUAUAGCAGAGUCGACUGCAGGUUUAGCCAAGCGCUCGUUCGCUCGGUUGUCUGGUUGCAGGCAAGCAAGAGUAACCAGCAAGGGGUUUAGGGAAGGACCCGAACAGGGAUAUAGUGGCAGGAGGAACGUAGCAGGCAUUAUCACCGCGUUCCUCUGUUCGACGCUGCUUGAAAUGGGUCUGCUCUGCUCCGCAAUGGCCUCUGCCUCUAGCUGCCUUUGCUCGGUUCCAGCCCCCUGACUGGCCUCACCAGCGGAAGAAGCAGCUGCGGGAGCGGCUGCAGCCCCUCUGGUGGUAGUAGGGCUCCCGACCGAUAAGAGGAGUCUCUGCAAUGUGUUUUCUACCCCGGUUCCUGUCUGCUCAUCGUCCCCGAUGCGUGCCUGCCACACUCCUCGCUAUGGCUGCUACUGCUGAUGGUCGACGGUCCCACUACCGCCGAAGCCAAAUCAAAGCCGAGGUCGCCGUUGCCACAACGGAGUUACAGAGAGAGGACGCAAAGUGAGGACUGCAUAUACUAGCGGGUGGCGAGUGACGAACGGAUGUUGCCGGGUGGAUGGCGCAGGGAAGAAGGGUGGAGUUAGAACAGCGAAUCGGUUGCUUCAAAGUCUGUCUCUGUCUGUAUAUCGGUUUGUCAGCUGGGCCGUAUGUCUGCGUGUGUUUACCGGCAUGCGUUUGCAUCUGUGUGUGCGUAUAUGUAGAGCCCCGAAGGAGUACGAGAGACCGACGCCCAUCAGCCAGGGAUUCUCAGCAAAAUGGGGGUCGGUUGGUCGCUGAUCUCUCUGUCUAUCUGUCGACUGUCCCUCCUCUUCCCUUAUCCUCAAUCUUGCGCUCUCUCGUAGCCUUGCUCCUCCUCCCCUCCCGCUCCCCUGCCUAGCCAUAUUCAGUACUACGUCCCGUGUUUCUGUGGCGAGAGUGGUGGUCUACCCCAUAAGAUAUCCCCAAACCACCAGCCCAGAGGUAGAAGCUAGGAAGGGCAGUUUCCUCGCCCGUUUCUUCCAUUCUUGUUUUGGCCUGCUCGCCUGACUGCUGGUACUGCUACCAUCACUGGUUCCUUACGGUCCGGCCCAGUCUACCCCCUUUCCGGACUAGCGCCGCCUUCUGCAGUGGGAAACACCUACUGCUUCCUGCCUUCAAAGUUAGUUAGGGAAGCUUUCGAAGGCCUUCUCUGUCUAAUAACGGGAAUUGAAGUUGUCGUCGUCGUCGUCGUGGUAGAACGGAGACAGAUGCUAUUGCUAUAGUGUGUGCAGCAGUUAGAGAAGGUAGUGUCUGGUAGUUCGCAGGAGUUGUACGAAACGACGAGCAACGAGAGAUAAGCUGGUAGAGGGGUCGCUAGAGAUCUCUGAGUGUGAGUCGGUGGACAGGAGAAGGCCAGCCAAAAGUUUAGUGGAGCUCAGCUAUGUAUAGCAUUUGGCGAAAAGAGCUCGUAAUUGUAUCCGAUUCGUUUUUGCAUUUCGACAUUUAUAUCUACACAUAGAACAUAUGUAGGCAACCAAACAGUAGGGUCACCAACUUUGACUUUUUACGGUAUAGAGGGCAAGGUUUUUUGAAAAUUCGCUUGACACUGAGGUGGAACGGCACAAGGUUCCUAUUCUCUAAUAGUCACCCAACUGGGAAUAUAGUGAAUAAUGCUAGAAUUAAUUCAAAAUGUGUCUGAUUGCACAAUGCAGGUGCAAACAUGUUUGCAUAACUUGUUCUCCUGAAAUCUGCCUUAGCUCCUUACAUCAUAGCUAGCGCUACAGCUUACAUAAGAAACGUGCGGAGAGUCCCGGCCUUGUGUUCGUCUUCGAGGGCAAAGUCUAUGCAAAUCACCAAAGAAUUUGUUGAAAGACUAGGAAUACAUGUAAGAGCCUGGUGCAUUGAGUACUGGCUGAAUGCCAGUUCAAAAGGAUCUGCUGAUCAAAAUCAGGCUUAUAACGAAGAACGUGGCGACGGCAUCGACGACGAAUGUAACAAUCGAUGCAAUGUAGUGUCUGGACAAUAGCCAAUUCGGGUGAAUGGCUGUUUUCCCAAGUGAUCACACGGGUGAAACCUGCUCUUUCGCCGUAAAAACUCCAUUUCGAAACAUGAGCACCGUAAACGUGUUUAGUGAUUUUUUGCUUAGUGAGAGAGACUCACCCUUCUCAACAACGUCGUUUCUGUGCGUGCCGUGGCUAAAAGUCUAGCUAACAAACAGCUUGUAAAACAAUCCUAAAAUUUUGCCCUUAUCUGUCGUUUGCACAGGCUAUGAGACUUAGCCAUAAGGUUGCGUUUUUAAUCAAUAUAUGAUAUGCGAAGUAAUAUCAAUUAUGCGCUGUUUUAUUUAUGUUCAACUGCAUUGAUGACCCCCUUGUUUUGCGAACUAACGCAACGUGUUACAGCUUGAGCGGCAGCAAACUAAACCACUACAAUUUAUGCUUCUUUACAGUGGCGAUUCCCCAUAUAGCAAUGGAGUAAUAAGGUAUGCUCUGUUCGAAAGACAUGGCCCAUACUGUGCAGGUCUAUUCGACCUAACAAACGCUACUGUUUACUAUGUUAUCCCGCUGCUUCUACUGGGUGAGCCAUCUAAAAUCUUAUCCCCCGUCCAGCUUUUCGAAUAGGCCGAGGCUGAAUGUCACUCUGCCGAAUGGCUUGCAGCUGGUUCCACAGUCAUUGUCAGCCUACUGGGGCAGGAGGACGCCCAUAGAUAGGGCUGUCUGGCGACUCGGCUAUCGCCGGAGCUCAUGAGCCCCUGUACGCAGGCACGGAGACUUAAACAUACAUUGUUAUCAUUUAGAGUAUGCCAGAAGUGGCAGGGGUGUUUAUUAUGGCAGUUCUAACUGCUCCUUCGGCCUGCUGGUCUACCCAGAUCUACCUACUUUCUACUGAGCAAGAACAAAGUCCACAGCUAGAAAACGAUGAGAGGCUUUAGUCGUGGAAGUGGCAACUGCAGCAGUCACAGCGCCGAAUAUGUUGUAAUUUCUAUGUGGUGCGCAGGCCCAGUUCACCAUGUAGAAUCGACUGCUGCUGCUACGUGCCUUUGAACGCUGCUGCCCGGAUUACCCUCGCCUAACCCACAGGCUUGCGUUCCACGACCGAUUCUCGGCCAAGUAUCUUGUGGUUAUUCUACUGUUAGUUGCCCUUGUCUGUCCCGAACCAAAGACAGACUUUAUGCUUACCUUGGUCUGUCCAUAAAAGGGGGGAGAAGGGUACUCCUACUUAGUCCGAGUUCCGGUUGUGUGUGUAUUGUUGUUCAAAGAGCGGGCGCGUCUGUGAGCCUGUGACGCUAUUGCUGGUGCUGUUAUGGAUCGCCCUCCUGUCGCCGGCACCACCACAGAAAGGGAUACACCAUCCGACAUUAGCCAACCAACUGCAGCAUAAACAGUUUUCAUUGUUGUUGUUACUGCUACUGCUGGCGUCGUUGCGGCUUGUGAGCUUUUUCCCCGUCGCCAAUACUCAUUCACUCACAAGCGAGUCUUUGUGCCUAUCUAUGUUUACAUCAUGGUUGCAGACGGCCUCUCAUUUAGUGGCGUUCUCAGUCGAGUCGGCUCGACUCGAUCUGACUGCCCUGCUCGUUGUCACGCGUAGUCUUCAUCUUAUGAUAGGUUCGCUAGUUGGGUGAUACCAUUGCAUUGGCCCCUAGCUACUGCCCAAGGACUGAUGGCUCCGAAAAUCCAGCAGACACUGGCUAGACCCCUCGACAGACAGUAGCGACGGUGGCUAGCUAGCUGGGGGAAGGGGACAGGUCCACUCAAUUCUCUCUUUCACUGCUGCUUCUACCGCGGCAGGAUGUGGUGGGGUUUCACUCGUUUCCAGUAUCGAUAGUCGUACUGCUUUGGCCGGUCACGGGUAUGCGGAAGACAGGCGUACACACAGAGAUCACAGGAAGUGUCAGGAUGCUAACGAAAAAGCGAGAAAGCCGAAUCCAGUCGUAGGAUCUAAGAGCGGCAGCGCUGGUGCUGCUACUGCUAGCAAUAGCGGCGACAGUGGCUAUGAUGAUGUAGUCAUCGUAAGCUUAAGGCUUCAGGGUAGAGCGCUCCCUGAUCGCACAGAGGGAACAGAAAAAGGACAGCAGGAGUUAAGGGUAAAUUGGCACAAGGCACGAGAGGGAGGCCGGUGACUAGGAAGCAAUGAAGAGCUGUGAUGUUCGGCUAGGAACAAGCCUAGAGAGCAAGCGGGCAGCGUAAGAAAGGCGAUAUAUUGGUAUGUGAAUGGAAAAUAGGCUCGAAGCUGCUUCCUUUCAGGGAAAUGGUGGGAUUUAGGAAGUGGGACCAAAGGGAGCUUAGGUAGAGAAGUUCGGGUAUAGGUGUUGCCAGCGGAGCUUCAUACGAUCGUGGGCGAAAGGCUAUCGCUCACCGCGACGUUAUAGCGGAAGAAGAAAAGGAGGAAGAACGGAGUCCCGCUAUGGUUGAGGCGGUUGGCCUGGCUGGACGCUGCAGUCACUGGUACAGAGUAGAUGCACACCGGUACUCCGGUCUGUGUCGAGUUGGGCAGCGGGCUGCUUUUGGGUUUCAGCGUAUGGAUCGAGGUACGGGCUAUGGCGAAAAGCGAACGAAGGACCCGGUGGCUAUUGUGAUUGCAGUGGCAUUUGCUUCCCUUCCGCUUACCAACCGUUGUUCGUAGCUUGCUCCGGGGAAAUUGGGAGGUAGUGAUAAGAAUAAAGGCCAGCUGAGUUGGAAGGGCUUGCUAGGAGAUGCUGGAAAGAAAUGGCCUGUCUGGACGAAGAUAUAUAAUGCUGGCUGGUGAGUGUUUCAGUUGCUGUGCUAGCUGCAACCGGCAUUGGCGCCAUAACAGGGACUCAAAGAACCACUUCGUUUGAAAUAAGUUGAUGUCGUCAUGUAGGCUCGGUACGAGUGUACAACAGUAGUGACUCAACUCGCUUCUGGCUGCAGCCUGGUUAGCAGAGGUCUGUCCUAUCUGGCCUCCAUAUGGCUAUACGUAUCUUCGAUACAUACGCACUGUCGGCCUCUUUGUAGUAGCGAAUGGGGAAGAGCAGCAUGUAGUUGUGAGAGGGGUGAGACGCCGCCACUGGACCUGUGCGGAGAUGGUGGGGAUAGAUCAGCGAGCUAAUCAGACGACACUCCCACUACAGCUUGCAGAGCACUGAGAGAGGGAUGGGCUACCAAGAAGUAGGAGAGAUACAAACGAAACGACUUUGAUGGCAACUACGCAACAACAACAACAAACCGCUCCGGUGGGAUUUGCCUGCCGGUUUUCUUUAAUUCUCCCUCUCCACCUAUUCUGGCCGUUCAGCGCUUCUCUGUGUGUAAGUACGUGUGCUUGUUUCUGUCAGCCAGCAGGCUGAAACGUCAACGAACGGUUGCUGAAUCAAGCUGGUGUCGGAGGUCCAGCUACCACUAACGAUGGGAGCCCGCCGUAAUCAUCAGCAUGAUCACUGCUGCAUCGAGCUAUACAGAGGGAAGGAGUUCGAGGCUAACGAGACGGAGAAAACUGACGGAUCUUGAAGGAGAAUUUGGUUUGGUCGGCUAUGAAACUUCACGUUAUUUGACAAACGAGAGGUGUCAGACAGUUAUAUUGUGACAAUUGCUACAUUGCUAUAAAGCAUACGUAGUAAUGGAGAUACCUGAGUGCCGUCUGCAGAAGGAGUGGAGGUGAGUGCGGUCUACAUUGAGCACCGCGCCCCCUCACAAGCGAGGAACGUUUGUUUCCCAGCCGUCCUAGCGGUUGGCAACGUUGGCCAACCGACCCUGUUUAAAAAGAGAACUCGACUGGUGGUUGCUGGCUAUCAAGCACAAAGCAAGCAACUGAACAGCUUUUGAGUGACGGAUCACACCGAAAUCGCUGGUAGUGUUGAUCUAGGUGGCGACGAAGAUAACGGUGCUUGUGCAUAGUGCGUCUGUGGCUGGUACAGCAGGUGCUGCUUUUGCUGUAACGUCCUGGCCGUGAGUUCUUGAGCAUCGUCACGACCAACGACGCAGGCAGUGGUCAGAGGAGAAGGAGGCUGGCGCUCAGUUGGUAGGAGGGGCGCCGUUCUCAACGAGGGCACCGCCAAGCGGUCCGCUGGCUUCACCCCCGGUUUCGGGCGCUCUCCCGAUCUGGGGAGCGGGCGCAGCAGGUCUGCUUCCGCUAGCGCAGUUACCGCAAUUACCGCAACUCCCGGCGCUGUCGGUGACCUCGUCGACGGUGUCCGGUGGUGCUUCUAUGGACAAGAAGAAGAACCCUCUAAAGAGGCCCCGCGUAGACCAGCCGCCCGCGCUGCCCACCACUGUGCCGCGGCCUCUAAGCAACGGGCCAGCCAUGCACGCGCGUCCACUUGUCGCCCUUCUCGACGGGCGGGAUUGCUCGGUCGAGAUGCCGAUCCUGAAGGACGUCGCUACAGUAGCCUUCUGCGACGCGCAGAGCACACAGGAAAUCCACGAGAAAGUGCUCAACGAAGCGGUUGGUGCACUCAUGUGGCACACGAUCACACUGACGAAGGAGGAUCUCGAAAAAUUCAAGACGCUAAAGAUCAUCGUACGUAUUGGGUCGGGCAUCGAUAACGUCGACUACAAGGCCGCCGGCGAGUUAGGUAUCGCUGUGUGCAACGUGCCCGGCUAUGGUGUGGAGGAGGUAGCCGACUCAACAAUGUGUCAUAUACUUAACCUGUACCGCCGCACGUACUGGUUGGCAAACAUGGUUCGCGAGGGAAAAAAGUUCCAAGGCCCUGAACAGGUUCGCGAGGCGGCGCAAGGCUGUGCACGUAUUCGUGGUGAUACGCUUGGUCUCGUUGGUAUUGGCCGCGUCGGUACCGCUGUUGCGCUUCGAGCUAAAGCAUUUGGCUUUAACGUGAUUUUCUACGAUCCGUACAAACCAGACGGCGAGGAAAAGAGCCUAGGCCUCGCACGGGUGUACACCUUACAAGACUUACUUUUCCAGAGUGAUUGCGUCUCACUGCACUGUACCCUGAACGAGCACAACCAUCAUCUCAUCAAUGAGUACACCAUUAAGCAGAUGAGGCCAGGCGCUUUCCUUGUGAACACUGCUCGAGGAGGUCUGGUCGAAGAGAGUGCUCUUGCAGCUGCCCUCAAAGAUGGUCGUAUUCGAGCCGCCGCCCUCGACGUCCACGAGAAUGAGCCUUUCAACGCGAUUUCAGGUUCGUAUCCCGCAGGUCCACUGAAAGACGCCCCCAACCUCAUUUGCACGCCACACGCCGCCUGGUACUCGGACGCAUCAUGCACCGAACUACGUGAGAUGGCUGCAUCGGAAAUCCGCCGAGCGAUCGUUGGCCGUAUCCCCGAAUCGCUGCGAAACUGCGUCAACAAGGAGUACUUUGGCCCUGCCGGAGGAUCUGGCGCUGGACUUCCACCAGCGCUGUCUGGACCCCCGCCAACGUUCGAGCCUCCGACCGGUCUCAAUGGUAUGUCGCCAGCAACUCCCCCAGCGGUUCCUGCCGCACAGGUUGCUCCACCAGUGGCUCCCAAUCUACUACUGAUGCAGGCGGCCGCUGCGGCUGCGGCAGCCCAGGCCCAGGCAGCUGCCGCUGGUGGCGGUAGCACCACACCCAAUAACUGCAUGUAGUAGUUAUGUUCAAGCAGACGCUAAAAAAGAAAAUACUGAGCGCAGAAAAGACGGGUAUGAAAAAAGGGUGACGGCGAAGUUGAUGAAAAAAUCUUAGUUAAUAAGGUUAAUGUUGUCUCGAAAUAAGCCAACAUUAAUUGCCGAAGCCGAACAGCAAACGCAAAUAGCAAAUAGAAUGAACAAGAAAAUGAUAAAAACUACUGCGGUUUUGAAAUGAGUGAAAAAGAUGAAGAGGAAUCGAUGGUGAUGAUAAUGACACUAAUGAUACAAAUGAGAUGUGAAAUGUGAAAAAGAAAAAGGCAGAGCAAAAAAGAAAACUCCUCGAGAAGAUCAUAACAUAAUGAACAUAAUAAUAAUAAAUAAUAAUAACAACAACAACAACAACAACAAUAGAUUCAAAGAGCAAAGGGAAGCAGUGGAGAAUUGCGCCCCUUGUAAGCGCGGCCGCCAUGACAAGAGAAGGUGAUUUUGAAUUUGUUUGAGGUAGGCGACUGGAUGGAUGGGUGGAUGAAUGGAUAAAUGGCUGGCUGGAAAGCAAGCACUGUCAUUUGUUCCUUUCAAAAUAUGGUCAGAUUCCAUGAUGUUUUUCCACGGUUCUGGAAAGAGAGAGAAGUCAUCAGGAAAAUGAUGAGGCCGAUGUUAGAUGACACUUUACUCUUGAGCGGCGAAACUCUAACAACAACAAAUACAUCAUAAUUGAACAUAAACAUGAACAUUGAAUGCAUAUAGUGUGACAUUAUUGUAACAGUGACGGAAAGAAAGAACGAGAGCGAGCGAGUGAGAGAAGGGAGAGAGAGAAAAGGAAGAACCAAGCAAACCUAUAUAUAAACAUAUAAAACAAACAAAUAAACACAACAGGAACAUCUACAAUCACCACAACACGCUCCU